UCAACUUAAAUAUAUAUUUUGACAUCAAAAUACUUUUUGAAUCGAUAUUCAUAAAAUUUUUGACACAUUUUUGGGUUCUAGAGGUGAAAAAAAUGUGUAACGAUCCUAAUGAAUUUGAUGUUAAAACAUUAUUAUGGGAUUUCGUAUCUGUGUCAAGACCGUCCGAGACUAUAUCCAAGAUUUUGAAACAAAAAGAAAUUGAUCACAAUAAAUUGAUUGAAUCUAUGAAAGAGAACAUCACCAAAAUAAAUAAAGAAAUAGAUGCAGCGAUAAAAGAAAAAUCUGCAGUCCUUGAAAAAAAAUUAGACGAUAUUAAAGAAGAUGUUAAAAUGUAUUUUAUUGAUUUGCGCUUCAAAUUCGAGUCUUUGAUUUUUGAGGACGAUUAUUUACUGAAGUCACUAAACACUGUUACAAAAUAUAACGAAUCAGAAUUUUCAAUAGUCGAAGAAUUCUGUGGAUUUUUAUUGAACUUGGAAAAAAGCAGAUCUCAACAAUUCAAAGAGUUGCUAAAAGACACAAAAUUGAAGGCAAUAGAAGUUGCCCAUGAGCUACCAUUUGCUUUAGACGAAAUGUUUGAAUUGGAAAUCACGGCUCUCAAUCAAAUAACAAUGAGUAAUUAUCGGAGUUAUGCGGAACUGGAAAAGGAUCUAAAAUUGAGGGUUAAAAAUGAUUUGCGAGAAUGGACAAAUGAAAUAAUGGAAAUAAAAGAACAAGUCAAAGACCGCUUGAGAUCGCUAGCUAAAAAAUCCACAAUAUUGGCUGGCGAUUUAAUCAGAACAGAAUCAAGAAAUUCAAAAUCUUUAGCUCUGUCCAGCGAAAUAAGUAGAUUCAAUUCCUUGAAAUCAGUUUUCAAUUAUACAUAUUUUGGAGAAGAAAACGUUCCAGUAUCACCGCAAGAAGUGGAAUGUUGGCUCAAUGAUGUACAAAGAACAUUGGCUUCGUUAGACCAAUCAGCCAAAAAUAUCGUAACCCUCUAUAAAUCAAUUAUAACAGUAUUGUUUCAUCGAUUUUUGGACGAGUUAGACGAUAUUAAGAAUAUGAUGCAACGAUCUGGAAUGUGCCAUAAAAAGGAAAUUGAGGAUUUUAAAUGUGAAAUAUACACACCCACAGUAGAUCAACUUAAUAUCGAGUAUCUUUCGGAACUUGAAGAUUUGCAGAGUCACUGGGGAAACAGUAUAACUAACAUGACAGAUACAAUAAAUACAACCUAUAUCUUUCUGAAAGGAGCCGCUAGCCUUUGGGAUCAACAUUUUGAAAGAGUAAAAGUCUUACAAGAACUUGUAGUGAAAGACAUUGAAAAAACAAUCAAGAAUAAUUCUUGUUUGACUGACACUUAUGAAGCAAAUUUGAAUAUUGUUUUGGAAAAAUUACGACAGGGUCUUACUAAAAAACAAUUAAAGUCCAGUUUGGAACGUAUUUACGAAAUUUUGAACAAAAUGGAACUAUCGUAUGAAAACCAAUGUUCAAAUGAAAUGAACGUUGUUCAAAAGUACAAAACUAUGAUGGACAUAGAAACGGACGUCCUCAUGAGUGAAAUUAAACGAUUUCUCGUUGUACAUCCUCCAGAUUCAGAACGUGAUCCCAAAAAACAAAGAAAAAGAGCAAGUCAAAUGAGUUUAAAAGAAGAAGAAAAACAACCUCUACCGUUACAAAUACUUUAUUGCGUGUUUCAAGUAGAUGCUGUCAAAAACUGGAUGUUCGGAUUGUGGGAAGCUGUAAACCAGUAUUUAUUAACGGGAAGAGAAGAAAUAUCAAACCUAACGGAUGAAUGGGUGAAGAUGCAAAUUGAAAAAAUAAAAGAGCGAUUUGAAUUAAAACUAUCCUUUCAUCAUCCACGUUACGAACACAUAAAAUGUGCCAUUUAUGAGAAAAGAUAUAGAGAAUUGAUUUUGCAUGACAAACUAUUCAACUGUCACAAAAAUUCUAUUGAAAACAGAAAGAAACAAUUGAAAGCUUACAAAACUACAUACGAAGAUGAAUGCAACAAAUGCUGCCAACAAUAUGAAGAAGAAUGCCAAAAAAUUAUAAAGAAAAUGACAGAUAUGAAUUCAUCUUACGAAGUCCACGGCUUGGGUCAAAUGAUCAAACCGCAGUUGCAACCUAUUGAGAAGAAUUUGAGAAAAUUAACGAAUGACUAUUACUUGAUGUGUACGGAUUUUGUAAAUGAAAUGAAAAUUUCAAAUUACAAAUACCUGAAGAGCUUAAAGUUGUUUUCAGAAGGUGGUAAUUUUAAUGCACAGGAAGUAAUUAGUCUCCAGAAGCACAUACAGAAAUUGGAAGAUACAUCAAUCAAGCAAAUGGACAUUUUUAUUAAAGUAAUAUCAGCAACGGAAGAAAAAUGUAUCGCACGAUUGCAUGCUGCGGAUGGGAAUAUAAUGUCAAACUUGAAUCAAUAUAUCAAAGAGCACGAACACAAUGAGAAAUUAGUGAAGAAAAUAGAAAAAUUUCAAAGAAAUCUGAAAGACAAAGUGCAAUCUUUGAAAAAAUCUUUCAAACAAUUUGAACAGAAGCUUCACGAUUUUAAUAAGGAGGUGAAAAUCAAUCUGGGCAAAGUAGAAUAUUUGUAUGAAUUCAUAGAAACAUUUAAUACUUAUAAAAACGAAAUUCUAGAAAUAACAGAAUAUAUUAAGCAUCCAGAACCAAUUGGUUUAUAUACGGUUACCACUGCCGACGCAGUCAAAAAUAAAUCGAACGUGGAUGUGUUACUAAAUAGAAAGAUGGAUUUUCACGCAAACGAUUUUAUUUCAGUUAUAGUUAGAAUGCUCCACCAAUCUUUCAAUGAACUUGAAGAAUCUGCAAAAGAUUUUUACCAAAAUUCUAAACAUCACAAGUUACUGGACGCUUCUAGACUACAACCUACCUUAGAAGAUUGUAUAAACGAACUUUUACAAAAGUACAAAUCGUACCUACUACAAUGUGAGAUAUGUUGGUUGGAAAACGUAACUGUUUUUUUAACUCUUCUCAACAACAUAAAAUCAUUUCAAGAAAACUUCUUGUUUUCGUUCGAGAGUGCAUUUAAUAGAAUUUGUUUGGAAAGCUUAAAUUUGGCAAUCGCCGAAACUUGGCAGCAACUCUACGCGAAAUCGGACGAGUUAAAUGGCAGGUUAAAACAGAUACAUAAUAGGUUGAAAGUAAUGUUUGGACAUCCCAGAAAUACGAAGAUGUUACGAGAUUUGGAACAAGACUACCAAGAAAUUAAUGAGGACAAUCAACAGAGAUUUGCUGGAAUUAUACCACCACAUAAAGAAUACUUACAAGAAGUAUACGAUUUAUUGACUUCCAAAUUGAAUGAAGUUCAUAAAACUUUUUCAAUUAUAAAAGAAGAUGACAGAAUAACAAACGUAAUUGAAGAACUAACCACACAGCUAAAUAUUAAAUCCGAGUUGUUACGACCCAUAGUGUACACAAAUAUGGCGGAAGGAGCUAGUGAAGUUUUCGUUAACAAAGAUACAGCGCAUUAUAUUCAGAAUUAUUUCAAAGAAUCGACAACUUAUUUGGGGCUGGAGCCUUAUUCGUUCCAAGCUCUGAGUCUAAAUACAUUAUCAACUGAUAAAACGUUCGAGACACUUGAAGACUUUUUUAAUGUCCUCCGCGAAACUAUCACAGCGACGACUUCCGCAAUACAAAUAUUCGUUAAUAACAAAAUCAUUAAGGCUAAUGAUGAUUUCAAACAAACUUGGGCAGAAGACAUAAAGUAUAUUUUGAAUUUGUACAAAGUGAAAUAUGAUAAUAAAAUAUUUUGAAUAAAAA